AUGGCUCUCGCAAAUAGCAUGUGUUCCGAGCAAGCGUCCUCCGAAGAGCUUCUGACAAAAGCAAUUCAACAAGCCAAGAGCAUUGGGAUGCACACCAAGAGUUUCGCCGAUGCUGUCGAGGCUUACAAUCCCGUGCUUGCAGAAAGCUGGAGGCGGACGUGGUGGAUGAUAUAUGUUGUCGACUCCAACUUUUCUGUCAUUAGGCGCGAUCAUCGGACGACUCUCAACAGCGCCGAUUACGAUGUCGGCCUACCUUGUGAGGAUCAUGACUACUGUCUGAUGGAAAUACCUCGGGGAGCUCCCUCAUGGCAAGACUACAGCAACAGAGAAUUUACCCUCGAAGAGAAGAAUUUCUCUUCCUUUGCAUAUUUCAUCGACGCAAAUGACAUUUUCGUUUCUUCGUUGCGAGCGUCUCACGAAUUCCAAGACGUCUCAGAAGCAGAGAUUCUCUGCGAUAACCUCGAGGCCACAAUAGCGGGCUGGUUUCUAAUGUUGCCAGCCAACAAGCGUGGGCUUUGUAUGAAGCCUGCGGCUGUAGACCAGCUAAUGUUCCAGGCUUACAUGAUGAUGUACACAAACUCAGGGCUGCUCAGAUCCAUAACUUACAUCCAUCGUCCACUUUCCACCCUACGGUACAACGUCGCCGAGGACAUUUCAAGCUGCGGCUCGCCUCCACCGCCACUCGCUUCUGCAACGGAAAUUCGCAGUCCUUUAGAUGGUCGUACACAUUUGGACAAGUUACUGGAAGCUAUCCAGAAACAGAACCAAUGCCUGAUAACCCUACCUGUUGAGGCUGUUCAGAUCUCACCCUUCACCAUCUGCAUGAUUGCGUGCUGCACGAUUGCUCACCUUGUUGCUUACAAGUCCGCACUUGGACCUCGCGAAGCUGACGUGGCUCGAUCUCGCAUUCGGGUUUGUAUCGGUACUCUCAGACACUAUGAAGACAUCUGGCCUCGAGCAAAGAAGAUCUUGCGUGAGCUCAAGUGUAUCGCUCAUACCAUUAUAGAGUCUGUUGCAGUACCGCAGUUGCCAUUGACGGGCUGUGAGAUGUUGGUUGAACAAGAAAGCAUAAUAGUUGAUUUGUUGGAAGAAGAGUGGCUGCAUGCUUUUGCAAGAGAGGAUGGCUUGUCGGUGUAA